AGAGAGAGAGCUGUGUUUGCGAAGUCAGAGAAAAGCUGAGAGUGGCAGAAGAAAGUUGACACCGUGUGAGACGCAGUGCAACCGCAACAGGGAUUAAUCAGAUACCUUCUCCUGUCUGCGAGGACAGAGAGCGAGCCGAGCACGAUGCGAGAGAGGAUGCUGUGCAGGGGGAAGGGGACUCUCUGACAGAGCAUGCACACCACCCACACCACCCACACCACCGCUGCACAGGUGGAGGCUGAUGCAGGGGGCAUCCGCAUGCAUUCACCGCCGCAUCAGCACCGCUCGACGGACGGAUGUUUGACUCUCUGUGACUCAGCGCACGCAUUCCCUCUCCCACCUAAACACGUGUAGGAUACAUAACCUCACACACGCACGCACGCACGCACGCACGCAUACACACACAGACUCACACAAACACAUUUUGCACAUGCCCACGCCAAACACAAGCAAACCAUUUGAUCAGUGUGGAGCAGUCAGCCGUGUGUGGAUGGUAUAAACGGGAUUCCCCGUGUCUUCUCAGGGGACUCGAACCGAGGACGGGACAGGACAGGACAGGACAGGACAGGACAGGACGGAUCCGUUCCCAACGUAAAGGGAAUGAAAAGACCCUGUACAGAGACGUUUUUGAUCUCUCUUCAGUUGUCAGCUCACAGUAGCAUUUCUCCACCACUCAACCUCAUUGUCCUUGUCACACUGGAAAAAGAGCUGUCUGACUCCUCGUCUGUCCCAAAUGGAACCCUCUUAAGGUGGACUGGAUACAUUAAAAAUACAUGUCCCAAAGGAGCGCUGCCGUGGCACACAGCAAACCCACGGCCAUAAAUCAACAGAGGAGGACUUUGAUUUCUUCAUUAUUGCUUCCUGCAGCAACAACAGAGGACAGGCAUGUUGGCAGGCCCGCUGACCUGCCGAUGUGCACCGUAGGAUUCUAUUUCUGGAGACUCAUUGCUUUUACAGAUUAACUGCCCUCAAAUAUGGCCCCAAUCCUUUCAUUGCACCACUAGUUUGACUGCUGCCGGAGGUUGUGCAUAUUCAAGCUGCAAAACACCCCGCUGUGCGUCACUCCAGUCAUUUGAAGGCGGGCUGCCUUUGGCCUGUAAAAGCAGUGUCGGUGCAAAAAAAAAAAAAAACACACUGCUGUAUGUCUCAACAGACUGAAAGUCCUUUUUGUUUUUCUCUUUGCAAUCAUUUCUCAACUCAUUGGCCAUUUCCAUCCAGAUUGACAAGCUUUCAUGCUAAUAACAUGACAUUGUGCUUAGAUUAAGACUUUACAUGUGAUUGCAAGAGACAUUUUCCAUGAGUCGCUGAGGGCAAAUCCCAUUGCCCAGUGUUUUUGUUAGUCUGGCUGGGGCUAAUCAAGGUCCUCCAUCAUCAGAAUUGACAUUUCCAUAUUGUAUGAGAUAGAAAGUAGCAAACAUUAGCAUAUUCAUGAACACUGACGCAUUCAAUCAUGUGAAAUGAAAGUCGUGGGGCGACCAUUACAGCCCUGAAACAAAUAGCUAAUGACAUGUGAGGAAAAGAGGAUCCCUUACACAGUUUCAGCACAUCCCACACAUAGCACAGUGGAGAAAGCUACCACUGGAUAUUUUAUAAACCUAGCAUGUGUUUUUGGCCUCUUGACCGAGGCCUAUAAUAACUUUGAAAAAUUAAGGAAUAGGAUUUAAGAUGGAUUAUCACUGAAACACUAAAGCCACCAAAGCAGCUGCCUUUGCAUAAACCGAUUGGGCGCUCUUUAGGGAGACGCGCCGCACAUUGAUUUGAAGAUUAGAUUUUGGUUGUUGAUGUAGUGGCCUCUUGUUGGUAUUAAAAAAGAGGGAUGGAGAAUUUAGAUGAGCUGGAGCACCCUCUUUUGGGAGAAGGCCCCAAUAACAGCCGUGCAUCAGCUCAGGGGCUGGGGCCGAGGCCGGGGCCCGCGAACGGACAGGCUCCUGGCGGGACAUUUAGGGGCGUCUUGGUUAGGUGUGAGGAGGACAGGGCCUACCCUCCGUUUGCGUGGAGGGGCUAUUGUGGACAUCCUCCGGAGCUUCAGCAGCAGCAGCUACUGGACCCUUGCUCCUUACCUCGCACACUGGAGUCCUUCUACCCUGCGGCCCCCAUCUGGGGACACUCCGACUCCCUGCUCAGCAAAGACUACCUGGAGACCACCUUUGUGGACAUUCGGCCCGGCUCCACCCUGGAGAGGAAGCUGCUGGCCGAGACGCAGGACUUCCACAGCGAGGCGUACAGCGUGGACGAUGAGGAUGACUUGCUUCCCGACUCUGACGACUCGUCUAUUGAUGACUUCAGUGAUACGGACAGUGAGAGCCACUUCCCUCUGAUGAUCCCUCAGGACUACCUGGGUCUCGCCUUCUUCUCCAUGCUCUGCUGCUUCUGGCCACUGGGCAUCGCUGCCUUUUACCUUUCACAGAAGACCAACAAGGCCUCGGCUCAGGGGGAUUUCCAGGGCGCCAACGCCGCAUCUCGCCAGGCUCUGUGGCUCUCAGUGCUCUCCAUCGUGUUCGGAAUCAUAACGUACAUCUGUGCCAUCGCUGCAUUGAUUUCCUACCUGUCUGGAAAGCCACCAUAAAAGCAACUCAUGCACACACAAAAAAAAAAAACAGACCUCUUACAUCUCAUGGAUAUCAUCCACACAACGUAUCACCUGUAAAUGUGAAAUAAUUACAGUCUUUGUCUGUCGUCAUGUUUUAUCUACAGCGAGCUGGAAAAAGACAGUGAAAACAACGCAAGAGCUCGUAUAUUAAAGAGCUCAGCAGUGUGGUUCCAGAGGUAAAAUUAUGAAUCCCACUAUGGCAUAGUACAUCCAUGCCAUAGCAUGGAUGUAUUAGGCAUUUGACCUCGAGUGGUUAAGGUUAAGAUAGCCGAUUGGUCAGGGGAUAGCACCUGAACAAAUAAGGUUCUGUUCCGUAUGAAAUCAACCUUGUUUUCAGAAAAAAACAUGUUUUAUUCGUAAAGUAAUGGAGCAGUACUACACUACCCGCAAUCCGAAGCAUAACAGUGACAUUUUUUUAUUGGUAGAGCUCACUGUUGUCAUGGAAUUCAACCCCCAAACAGUUAUAGCGAGCGGCUCCCACUUAAGUGUGUUGCCGUUUUUCCACUGCAUGGUACCUACUUGACUCGACUCGACUCGCCUCUUUUGGUUUUCCAUUACUAAAAAAAAAAAAAAAAAGUCUCUGGUACCUGCUAACAGGUACUUUUUUUAGUACUACCUCGGUCGCAGUACCAGCGAGCUGAGGUGAUACCAAAAGGUGACGUGAAAACCUGCAGACUUCUGAUUGGUCAGAGAGGAUCGUCACUAUUAACUGUGUCAUCAUUGGUGAAAACAGGCACAUGACGAGAAAAACAACCCACCUUCGACGUUCUGUGUGUGUGUCGCGUUAGGUCACGGCAGUUUCCUGCUGUGACGACCAGAGUGCGGCGGUACUAAUCUGCAAUGGAAGGAGGAGGACGGGGCACCGUGGGCGAGUUGAGCGGGUAGGGCCACCAUUAAUGGAAAAACGCCAUAUGAUGGUUUGUGUACACAGUGUUGUACUUUUUGCCUUUUUAUCAGUUUUCAAAAUGUUUUUUUAAACCCAAAUCAAAGGUUUUAUGAUCAGGAUUCAUCUCAUAGCUCAGUGGUUUGGUUCCAGACUUAAAACUCUUUAAAUAAGCAUCUCAAGAAUUGUCAAUGGAGCAACUGAACGGGGAAAAAGUGGACGGUCACUGUUGAGCUCUAUAGACUAUAGUAACUUCUUAUUGGAUUAGGACAUCAUUCAGCUCAGAGGACAUUCCUCGCACGUUAAAGGAAAAUGAUUGAAAAAGAAGUUAUGCAGUAUCGCUCCAUAUAUAAGAUAGUCUUUAAAUGUGCUUUGUUUUGUCACCCGAAGACGUCGGUCACCUGCCAUCCUUUACAUCUGUGCUGUAGUCUUCAGUCAUCAUGUUAAACGUUACUGAAGUCCAAAACAAAACUGUGACAACAACAUGAAGAUGUUGUCAAUACACUGUAGAUAUCACUGACACAAUAACACAGGAAGGAUGAAUAAUGAGAAGCAGAAAAGAGGCCGCGGCAAGGAAGUGGUUAGCAGCUAAAUCCUGAUGGACUUCACGCCCGAGCUGCCACGGCCACUGUGGGGGUAGACAAGCUGGGAAGCCCCAGAGCUUCUUCUUUUUUUCUAAAUGAAGCUCGAAGCAAUAUUCUUUUAGGGAACCCAGAAUGUGUUGCUACACCUCUGGCCACAGCAAAGGAUCCGCAAGGAAACACGAUUGGUUACGUACUCUAAGUGAAGAGACAGGGGCUGCAUCCCAGGAUUUAAAUUGCAUCCCCGUUUCCUCCACUUGCGUCCCUCCGAAGAAGCACGGCAGAGACUCAAAGUAAUCAUGCGAGGAGAGCGAGAACAAGCGUCACAUGAAUUUGUAUUUAUUUUUAUUUUGGCAUUUUAGGCCUUUAUUUGAUACGACAGCUUGGACAUGACGGGGGGGGGGGGGAUGACAUGCAGCAAAAGUCAGAGCCACCGCAGCGAGGACUGAGCCUCUGUACAUUGGGCACACGCUCUACCAGGUGAGCUACCCAGGCGCCCCAGCGUCACGUGAUUUGUUCCCGCAUAUGGGCAACGGCUUCCAGGAAGGCUGCUCUGUCCUCGCUCAUAGCUCCUCAGAGAUCCCUCCUCCAUCCUAGCUCCUCGGGGCUGGAAUAAAAGCGUUGAGACGGCCUUCACGAAGGAGGGCCGGAACAAGUGAAGUGAAGAGAAAUCGAAUAUAAGAGAAGUGAGAUCCCUCCAGCUUGUAGGCCGCUCGGAGACGGUUCCGGUCUUGCUAUGAUUCCACCACGCCAGCUCUAUAGAAAACCAUGGGGCGUGGACAGACAAACCGGUGUGUCCUAAAGCUGUAUCCACGUACCUGUCCUCAUGGGGGAUUAUUCCCCUUACAUAUGGAAAAUGUCGAUACAAUAGAGAACUGCACCUGUCCACUCUUAAUCCAUCCUGAUUUCACAUUCAGCAUCACUCAUUGUUUACCUGCAGAAAGGAUGCCAAGUUCAGUAUCUUUAUGUUGAAAUACACAAAAAUACAUAUAGUGCCAUUAUAUAACAAAAUAAAUAUAAAUGAGUGUUCAAAUGAAAUGCAAGGUUGCGAUAUUAAACACUGGCUCUGGAUAUAGAAAUAAAGGAGCUGCUUCUGUAUACAGUGCUAGGAAAUCAUGACAUGGGCGAGGAAAAGUGCCAAAAAAUGUGAGGGGAAAAACUCAAAGAAGGAUCCUUUUAUGAGCUGUUCCAUUAAAAGAAGCAACCAGGCUGCUACUCCACGCUCUCCAAAUAUAGAUUCUGCAGGUUUCUGUUCCCAAAAAAACAAUAAAGACUGAAAUCCUUCAGAAACUUGCUUCUUGCAGUAUGGCAAACUUGAAAAAUGAAGUUGUCUCCUUCAACUUAUGUAGGCAGACACAGUGACAUCUCAGUGCUCAGCCAUGUGAUGCAUGAGUCGGCAAAAUCUCCAUUUGGGUCAUUACAGAAACCUGCAUGGCCAGUUUGGAGUUUGCCAUGUACAAACCUGCUCCAAGCUUCAAUCAGUUCCUUCAUUUGGUCCUGGAUCAUUGCAAAAAACAGCUUUGAUAAAAGACAAAAGAAAAUACUCUGGCCAUAUUGGUUUGAGCUUAAAUGUGCCAUUAACAAAGCAGCAAACAAGGGAACUCAAGGUAUAUAUAUAAAAAAAAAAAAAAAAAAAGACUAAGAUAAAAAUUGCCAUUUUCUAUUUAGAUAUAUAGUUUUUAUAAAGUCCUCAAAUAAUUCACAUACUUUGUUUUCUGCAAACCCAGUGUUGUAUCAAGACUGAGCUGAUAAUCCAUUAAGGUGACUGUCAGUAGAGACACGUGUGAUAUCUCAGUGUCUAACCCAGGUCAGCUACAGGAUCCCUCUGGAUGUGCUGUGACACAGCUGCACUGACUCAGUCCUGACAAUCCUGAACCAUCCUCUGUCUCCACUGGACAAAUGACAAAAGGACCCUGUUUUGUCACAGCUGUUACCCCCGAUUAGUGAUUUACGUGUGAUCAUUUCAUGUGGAUUGCCUCGAGAGACGGGCUCCAGUCAGAUUUGUCUCACUUGGUAUCACUUAUUUAGGUAGUCCCUUAAGGUUAAAAGGUUUGAGAAGUAUUAGUCCAAGAGAUAUUCAGUUCACAUUGUUGUAUUAGAUGUAAAUAUUUAACUGAAAGAAAAA